AUCUCGGGCACCUUAUUCAAGGUCAUUUUACUAAAUUACUCUUUCUAGAAAUUCCAGGAGCCUUGUAAAAAUGGUAAGUUCACGGUGUUAAAGCAUAAAUUUAACGUCCCAGAUAAGCUUGCCUUUUCUACAAAUUCUAUCUUUAUAAUAUAUACCAGUUUUGUGUGUUAUUAUCUGAAGAGCUGUAACAUUUUUUUCGAUUAUAAUUGGUUUAUCUAAAAAUAAACGCUUAUCAAGAUUUUUCUUGUUAAACAGGCUCCACGAUGUCAACAUCUUUAAUUCUUUCUAGGAGAUUUUCAACUGAAAUUAGAAAAAUGUCGAAAGUAUUAACCUUGGAAACCAUUAAUCCUCAUGUGAGGAAAAUGGAGUACGCAGUUCGAGGACCUAUCGUUCAACGGGCUGGUGAAAUUGAAAAAGAACUUAAAAACGGUGUUAAAAAGCCGUUUAAGGAGGUUAUCAGAGCAAACAUAGGAGACUGCCACGCAGUAGGUCAAAAACCCAUCACCUAUCUUAGACAGGUAGUUGGUUGUUGCGUGUACCCUCCCCUUCUUGAGGAUGCAAAUUUACCAUCAGAUGUGAAAGAUCAUGCCAAAUACAUUUUAGGAGGAUGUUCGGGAGGUAGUUCUGGAUCAUAUACGCACAGUGCAGGUAUUGAAUUAAUUCGUAAAGACGUUGCGGCUUACAUUUCAAAGAGAGAUGGCUUUGCUUGCGACUAUAAUCAUGUAUUUUUGUCUACUGGAGCAUCUGAUGCUAUUAAGAUAGUGCUAAAAUUAUUGAUGACAAGUGACCCAGCUAAUCCUGCGGGAGUUAUGAUACCUAUACCUCAGUAUCCACUCUACUCUGCAACAAAUGCUGAGUAUGGAGCCUAUCAGAUAAAUUAUUAUCUUGAUGAAGACAACAAAUGGGGUUUGGAUGUUAACGAAUUGCAAAGAGCUUUGGACGCUAAUAGGGAAAAAUGUACUCCCCGUGCAAUCUGCGUUAUAAAUCCAGGUAAUCCCACUGGACAAGUUUUAACACGAGAAAACAUUGAAGAAAUUAUUAAAUUCGCCAAAAGAGAGAAACUAUUUAUUUUGGCUGAUGAAGUUUAUCAGCAUAAUAUAUAUGCUGAAGGAUAUAAGUUUCAUUCUUUCAAAAAAGUUCUCUCUGAGUUGGGAAAAGAUUACGAAAAUGUAGAGCUUGCAUCUUUCAUGUCAGUUUCUAAGGGUUAUAUGGGUGAAUGUGGCAUGAGAGGCGGCUAUUGUGAGGUAGUAAAUCUUGAUCCAGAUGUUCGCGCUCAACUUAUGAAAUCUAUAUCUGCAAAAUUGUGCCCUAAUACACCAGGACAGGCAGCUAUUGAUGUUGUUGUGAAUCAUCCUCAACCUGGUCAGCCAUCGUACGACCUAUACAUGAAAGAACGUACCCAAGUUUUGGCAGACUUGAAUAAAAAGGCAAAAAUGACGACUAAGUUGCUAAACGAAAUUGAAGGAGUAAAAUGUAACGAAGUUAUGGGAGCUAUGUACGCUUUCCCCAACAUAACUAUCCCUGAAAAAGCAAUAAAAGCCGCCGCGGAAAAAGGACAGGCACCGGAUGCUUUUUAUUGCUUUCAACUUUUGGAAGAAACUGGAAUAUGUGUUGUUCCUGGAUCGGGUUUUGGACAGCGAGAAGGAACUUAUCACUUUAGAAUGACCAUUCUUCCAAGUAUCCCCCAAAUUGAAAUGCUAUUACAGAAGUUCAAAACCUUUCAUAUGAACUUCUUGAACAAGUACAACUGA